AUUAAAAAAAAAAAAAUCUUUGGAGAGAAGAGAGCCACAGUGGGCAUGCUAGUGCACAAUUAUUGCAGCCACGUGUGCCCGCAAGCUGGCCCUGCGACAAGCUGUUGACUGCUGUUGCAAUUAGCUGAUUGGAGCACGGGGACUGCAGGGUGAUAAUGCUGCGUAGCCGCUCGCGGGCAGCAGGAAAGGGUUUUGUCUCGGGAAGGCAAGCCUGCCCUGCACAGUUAUCUCUGCGGCUCUCUAGCUGAGAGAACUGGGGUGUCUAAAGGGAGAGGGUCGCACUCCGCGAGCACAGGUUCUGGGCCAGGCUGUUGCUUAUGAGUCGCAGGUCUGGGAAAGCAGGUGUGUGCUCGGACAGGCACUGGGCUGGAACGCAGGCGGACGCUCUCGGGUUCACCUGCUUCCUGUUAACAGACUGUUGGCUCACAGAGCAUCUGCUCUUACACGCUGAAGCUGCGGCCGAGAAAGGGGUUCCGGGCAUCCCACUUGACUGACGGAGACACUUGGAUUGGACUUAAUCUUAAACCUCUGGAGGUCAAGACCUUUUAAAAAGGGCUAAAUAAACAAUCUCUACAUGCAAAAGGCCAGCGACUCCUACUUCCUCUGUUGGAGCAACUGAGAAAAGUUCAGCCUCUCUUCUAGGAAAACUGAAGACCUUAACAACAAACCCUUCAAGGUGAAAAUGAAUACAGAUAGCGGUGGGUGUGCUCGCAAACGUGCUGCCAUGUCUGUUACGUUAACAUCUGUGAAGAGGGUUCAAAGUUCUCCAAACCUAUUGGCUGCAGGGCGUGAGUCUCAGUCUCCAGACUCAGCAAAAGGUUUUAGAAGCGUUCGACCAAACCUGCAAGACAAAAAAUCACCAACCCAGAGCCAGAUCACUAUCAACGGCAACUCUGGAGGCGCCGUGAGUCCAGUGAGUUACUAUCAGAGGCCAUUCUCCCCUUCUGCAUACUCCCUCCCAGCCUCCCUGAACUCCAGCGUGAUCAUGCAGCAUGGCAGGUCACUUGAUUCUGCGGAAACAUAUUCCCAGCAUGCCCAGUCUCUGGAUGGCACCAUGGGAAGCUCCAUCCCACUCUAUAGAUCUUCCGAGGAAGAGAAAAGAGUCACAGUCAUCAAAGCCCCGCAUUACCCAGGGAUCGGCCCCGUGGAUGAGUCUGGAAUCCCCACAGCCAUUAGAACGACCGUCGACCGGCCAAAGGACUGGUACAAGACAAUGUUUAAGCAAAUCCACAUGGUACACAAGCCGGAUGAGGACACAGACAUGUAUAAUACUCCUUACACAUACAACGCAGGUCUAUACAACUCAUCCUACAGUGCUCAGUCACACCCUGCUGCGAAGACUCAGACCUACAGACCUCUUUCCAAAAGCCACUCAGACAACGGCACCGAUGCUUUUAAGGAGGCACCCUCCCCAGUGCCUCCCCCACAUGUUCCACCAAGACCAAGAGAUCAGUCUUCGACACUAAAGCAUGACUGGGACCCUCCAGACAGAAAGGUGGACACCAGGAAAUUUCGAUCGGAGCCAAGGAGUAUUUUUGAAUAUGAGCCUGGGAAGUCAUCCAUUCUGCAGCACGAAAGACCGCCCCCUCUCCCAACAACUCCGACAUCUGUUCCCAAGGAACCCAGCCGGAAGCCUCUAGCAGUGUCACCCUCAACAGAUGGCCUGCGUAGCCCUUCCCCUCCGCCCAGGAGCUGUGUCCCCGCACCCCGUCCGAGUGCCCCAGAUCUCUCUCCCACCCGGCCUCCUAAAAAGGCUCUGGAUUAUGUUCAAGAUCAUUCUUCCGGUGUGUCCAAUGAGGUCUCCGUCUAUCAGUCCUCCAUAGACAGAAGCUUGGAAAGACCCAGCAGCUCUGCAAGCAUGGCUGGUGACUUUAGAAAACGGAGGAAGAGCGAACCUGCAGUGGGCCCACCCAGAGGCUUGGGGGAUCAGAGUUCGAGCAGGACCAGCCCCAGCCGGGCAGACCUCCCAGGAUCGAGUUCCACCUUUUCGAAGUCUUUCAUUAGCUCGUCUCCUUCCUCUCCCUCGAGAGCACAAGGUGGGGAUGAUAGCAAAAUGUGCCCGCCCCUUUGCAGUUACUCGGGGCUCAAUGGCGCCCCCUCUGGUGAGUUAGAGUGCUGCGGCGCUUACAGACAGCAUUUGGAUGUCCCAGGGGACUCGCAAAGGGCCAUCACUUUCAAGAACGGCUGGCAAAUGGCCCGGCAAAAUGCAGAGAUCUGGAGUAGCACUGAAGAGACCGUUUCCCCCAAAAUCAAAUCACGUAGCUGUGACGAUCUCCUGAAUGACGACUGUGACAGCUUCCCAGACCCUAAAAUCAAGUCAGAAAGUAUGGGUUCUCUGUUGUGUGAAGAAGACUCCAAAGAGAGCUGCGCCAUGACGUGGACUUCCCCCUACAUCCAGGAAGUAUGCGGGAACAGCAGAUCUAGGGUCAAACACAGGUCAGCCCAUAAUGCCCCAGGCUUCCUCAAAAUGUACAAGAAAAUGCAUCGCAUCAACCGCAAGGAUUUGAUGAACUCAGAGGUCAUUUGCUCGGUGAAAUCCAGGAUCCUGCAGUAUGAAAAGGAACAACAGCACAGGGGGCUGCUUCACGGAUGGAGCCAGUCUUCCACCGAGGAGGUGCCCAGGGACGUGGUGCCCACUCGCAUUUCAGAGUUUGAAAAGCUGAUUCAGAAGUCAAAGUCUAUGCCCAAUCUAGGAGAUGAAAUGUUAUCUCCCAUAACCCUAGAGCCCCCACAAAAUGGUUUGUGUCCCAAGAGGCGAUUUUCUAUUGAGUCUCUGCUGGAGGAAGAAACUCAGGUUCGACACCCUUCUCAGGGUCAGCGAAGCUGCAAAUCUAAUACCCUGGUGCCCAUCCACAUUGAGGUCACCAGCGAUGAGCAACCUAGAACACAUGUUGAGUUUUCUGACAGUGACCAAGAUGGGGUUGUGUCUGACCACAGCGACUACGUUCAUGUGGAAGGCUCAUCCUUCUGUAGUGAAAGUGACUUCGACCACUUUUCGUUCACAUCCUCCGAAAGCUUCUACGGAUCCAGCCAUCACCACCACCAUCACCACCACCAUCACCGACACCUCAUCAGCUCCUGCAAAGGCCGAUGCCCAGCUUCUUACACUCGAUUUACCACAAUGUUAAAACAUGAAAGAGCUAAGCAUGAAACUAUUGACCGACCCAGAAGGCAAGAAAUGGAUCCUGGCCUAUCUAAACUUGCAUUUCUAGUCAGCCCCGUGCCUUUCCGAAGGAAAAAAAUUUUGACUCCCAAAAAACAGACUGAACAAGCAAAAUGCAAAGCCUCAGUAGUUGAGGCUCUGGACUCUGCCCUUAAAGACAUUUGCGACCAAAUAAAAGCUGAAAAGCGGAGAGGAAGCUUGCCAGACAACAGCAUACUACACAGGCUUAUCAGUGAACUGCUGCCACAGAUUCCGGAAAGGAAUUCAUCUCUUAAUGCUCUAAAAAGGAGCCCCAUGCACCAGCCUUUCCAACCACUGCCUCAAGAUGGUGCUAUUCAUUGUCCCCUGUACCAAAAUGAUUGUGGGAGAAUGCCUCACAGUGCCUCUUUCCCAGACGUGGACACAACCAGCAACUACCACGCACAGGACUAUGGUAGUGCACUGAGCCUCCAAGAUCAUGAGUCCCCAAGAAGUUAUUCAUCUACUCUGACUGACUUGGGAAGAAGUGUAUCACGGGAACGAAGAGGAACUCCAGAAAAAGAGAAACUGCCUGCAAAAGCUGUCUAUGAUUUCAAAGCUCAGACAUCUAAGGAGCUGUCAUUUAAGAAAGGAGACACUGUCUACAUCCUCAGAAAAAUUGACCAAAACUGGUAUGAGGGGGAGCACCACGGAAGAGUGGGCAUUUUCCCAAUCUCAUACGUGGAGAAACUAACGCCCCCAGAAAAAGCGCAGCCAGCGAGACCACCACCCCCAGUCCAGCCUGGAGAGAUUGGAGAAGCCAUAGCCAAAUACAACUUCAAUGCAGACACAAACGUGGAACUCUCCCUGAGAAAGGGCGACAGGAUUAUUCUUCUUAAAAGGGUUGAUCAAAACUGGUACGAAGGUAAAAUCCCAGGAACCAGCAGACAAGGCAUCUUCCCUGUUUCCUACGUAGAAGUUGUCAAGAGGAACACAAAAGGUGCUGAGGACUACCCCGACCCUCCACUACCCCACAGCUACUCCAGUGAUAGAAUUUACAGUCUAAGCUCCAAUAAGCCACAGAGACCUGUGUUCUCUCAUGAAAACAUUCAAGGUGGGGGAGAACCGUUUCAGGCUCUGUAUAACUAUACUCCUAGGAAUGCAGAUGAGCUGGAACUCAGAGAAAGCGACGUCGUUGAUGUCAUGGAAAAGUGCGAUGAUGGAUGGUUCGUGGGAACUUCAAGAAGAACCAAAUUCUUUGGUACUUUUCCCGGAAACUAUGUCAAAAGGCUGUGACUCACCUCACUCCUAAUUUACGCCACAUUUCAGCCACACAUCUGCAUUAACCCACCCGAAACAUCCCAGCAGGCCUGUUGCUGCCAUGCCUUAUGGUUCCCAAUCGGCCAUUACCAUCUCCACCUGCCGCUGCCACCAAACCACCAGCAGAGGGACUACCGCUGUGAGCCUUAGGGAGAACCGGGAGCUUUAGAGAAACAUGGCAAACUUACACCCACAUAAAUAUGCAGUUUCCUGCUUUCUGCCCUGAACUUUGAAAUGCCUAUGUAUGGAAUCAGAACAACGUGAUCAUACUUUUAAAAAGUGAAAUAAUUAAGGAAGAAAGAAAGAGAAAAAAAAAAAAAGACUCUUCAGGAGACUGGUCUCAUGGCUGAAGCUCCACCUCUCUGGAAGGUACACUGUCCUCAGGAAGGGAAGCAAGAAGGUUGUUCUUUUUUUUUCUGAAAUGCUAUGGUUCUUGUUUUCGCUCUCAGCUUGGCAGUAUAUUAUCAUUUCACGAGUUUGCCUAGUGCUCUGGUUUACACUAUAUGACAACUAUACUUUGCCUGUUGUUUGCCUGCAUUAUUCUGUGUUGUUUCAUGCACAGUGGUUACAAAAUCAGGAGCCCGUAGGAACGUUCCCUGGGAUGAGUGUGGUUUUUGUGGACUGCAUUAUAUUUUCACACGGGGGUCUUUUCCCUGCCCACUUUUUUUUGUGUGUGUGUGUGUGCUUAUUAGAAGUGCAAACAGUGAGCACUUUGGUCACUCUUAUGAGACUACGAAAGGCUUAGCCACACCACAGGACAAAUCGUGUUGUGAAUUCACAGUGCUGCUUUGUGUAUUAAAAUGUAAUCAUCAGCAUCGUGAACAACAAACUCUUAGUGGUUUAUUUACCUGUUAAAACUUAAAAGCAGUGUUAGUGAGUUAGGCAGAGAGAUGAAAGUAAUACCAGUAGGUAGGUUUCACUGCGUGCACACUUACACAUUUGAGAUUGUAUGAGGAUGUAUAGCUUAUAUGCUAUGUUGUACAUUUUAUGGAGAUAUAAAAGAAUCCCACAUUAUUUUAUAGAGUACUUCAGGAGCAUCCUAAGUGUUAAGGCUGGCUUUAGCAAGGAUUAUGAUCAAUACAACUAUUUUUACUACAAUAAUUAUUUUUCUUCUAUGAGACCCAGAAUCCUGACUCCGUUUGCAGACAGGAAUAUAUAUGUUGAGCCUGAUUUUUUUUCUGGUGUGUGUAAAAUACUUCCUAGGAAUACAUUGGGUACUUUUGGAAAUAAUGGUUAAAUCAUUCAGGUUGUGUUUCCUGCCCCCAAAACAGAUCUACAAAAUGAUACCAAACCUGAAAGAUUUAAUGGAUUUACGGUGCCUGCAUUCCACAAACCCUGAGACUUCGAUUUGUAUUUUGGAUGAAUUUGCAUAAGACCUAUUCAUCCUUAGCACCUUAUAGACAAAAAUUUUUAUGGCUUUCCUCCCGUGGGCAAUGCUUGAUCUUAUACAACAUAUAAACUCUAGCAUAUUUUGUACAUAUGUUUGGGUUUUUUUUCUUUUCUGUUUUUUGUACAGACUAUUUACUUGUUCAAAAAACAGCGAGAUCUCCCAAUUUGUUCUUUAUCCUGCACUUAAAGGAGAUUAAACUCUUUCAGCAGAUCGCCUUUCAUGGUGUCUUCACAGAUCACAAGCUAAUGUGACUCUGGAAGAUAACAUCUGCACAAAAUUCUGUGAAUCGGAAAGAUCUUUGUAACUAAUCUGAAAUUCACAUAAAUGCCCAUUACAGGGGAACGUUGUUGGGGGCAGGAGGUAAAGAAACAUCUUAGAGAAAUCCACACUAUUAUCCAGUUCACAACCAGCUUUAUAUUAGAAAAACUUGGGAUUGGAAAAUCAGUCAGCCAGUCAGCCAUAUGCAGCUUUGCUGAUAAAUGAAUACUUUUUCACACCAUUUACAAAAACAAAUCUUCAACUCUGUUGCCUGUUAUAUUUAAGAAAAAUUACUGUUUAUACUCUCUGUAUCUGAUUUUAAAA